CGCGCGCUGGUGAACUGGGUGCUGGUCUGGGUUUUUCUCUGCGCAAUUGCGACGUUAAUCAUGUUGUUUCUGGUGUUCCAUGUACGUACAGUUAACUAUCUUCAAGGUUUUGCUUGCUAACUACUGAAGUUGAAGACGCUCUUGAACACGCGAUCCAAGUUUUACCUCCAAAAUCGGACGAUCUUCUUAUGAGAAAGUUUAUACGAAGUAGCGGUGUCAUACAACGCUCGUACACCUUGUACUUGCGACUCCAGCUCACGUAUCUCCCACUCAGCACACCCGCGUUCAGCUCCUUCUCCACAUUGUCCAUGAGGGACCGUGCUCAUCAGUGAGCGUUCCCGAGUGAAUCAAUAUCCUGUGGUCGACAAAAAGAUGCAACGCAAACUGAAUAUAUACCGUAGAAACGUACAAGAAGUCUACUCAAGAUCUGACAGCGUAUCUAACCAUAUCAUCAAGGAGACAGACAGCAACAAGAUUAGAGACACACUCAAGUCCUUGGUAAGCACCGGUGGCCAACCAAAGAGGAUUGUGGAGUAUGUGAAAAAGUUCUGGUCAUCGCACGGCAGUAUGGACAGGACAGACAUGUUCACAUACAAUGUGCUCAUGAGCGUUCCGGACCCAGGAAACGAAAACAAGGUGGAGAUCUACAAGAACGAUGUUCUCUCCUACACUGCUACGAAUAAGGAAAUUGCUGGCAGCCAAAUGGGGCCUGCCUUCUACGCGUACUCGGCAGCUGGAGAUGUCAAGCAACCAUACGUCUACGUAAAUUACGGAACAAUGUCUGACUUCGACGAGCUGGCUUCAAGCACGAUCAACGUGGCAGGAAGGAUAUGCGUCGCACGCCUUGGCAAAAUAUCGCGUUCAAAAAAGGCACAAAAUGCGGAGAGCAUGGGAGCUGCAGGACUGGUCUUGUUCAUGGACCCCAACGAUUUCGGGCCCCAUGGCAAUACACAGCGGCCUUUUCCGGACUCCUGGUGGGUAGGAGGGAGUGCCUUGCAGAGAGGCAGCGUCGCGUAUGUCGCUGGAGACCCGGCCACACCUGGCUACCCUUCUAAAGCUGGAAUGUACCGGAAGCACGCCGACACAGUGAAAACACCGAGGAUUCCGUGCCAACCGAUUGGAUACGAUGACGCGAGGGCUAUUCUCCAGGAACUGAAUUCCCGCGUCUGUCCGGACUCGUGGAAGCCGAAGCUGAAAAUCCCUUGCAACAUCGAAGGGCCUCCCGAAGUAACGCUACGGAUCGCUGUAUACAACCAACUCCAGAGCAGUGAAAUUACCAACAUCGUCGGGACCAUCAUCGGCACACGGGAGACUGAUCGCCUUGUGGUUGUGGGCCACCACCUGGACUCAGUCGGCAAGGUAUCAGCUUCAGACCCCCUGUUAGGAGUCAGUCAGCUUCUGGAAGUGACUCGCGUCUUCGGGACUCUACGUUCGAAAGGGUGGCGUCCGCUGCGAACAAUGCUCUUUUCCCUUUGGGAUGGAGAAGAACAAGGUAUGCUCGGUUCCACGGAAUGGGUAGAAGACAACAUGGCCACUCUCAGGUCACGUGCAGUCCUCUACAUCGGCGCAGAUGUCCUUUCAGGAGGCCGGUUCCGCCCUAGGUCUUCCGCUGCUAUAGCGGAGUCAAUUCGCCGUUCAGCUUCAAUUAUUCCGCAUUACAAGGACAAAGGUCGGACUCUAUUAGCCUCAUGGUCCGCUGACCCGAAUGCGAUGAAGAACAUGAACUCUCAACCCAUCUCAUGGCCGGUUGUCGGACGUUCAGAUGACGCUGCCUUUGUGUUUAGCGCCGGGGUUUCAACAGCAUUCAUGCACUUCACGCGCCGACCGGGCAGCGGCAGUCCAUACCCUGCCCAGCAUACAGCAUACGAUACAUACGAAAUGGUGGAGAAGUACCUUGACCCUGGCUUCCGUAUAAGCCGGAUGUCGGCGCAGAUGAUGGCUAGCCUAGCCCGCCAGUGGGCCGACCGUUCACUGUUGCCCUUCGAAUUCCGAGAACUUUCCUACAGCAUUCGGCGUGCGUUCGACGCUUUUGCUGCCAAACACGGCGGCAUCAUGCGGGGACGUAACCUCCAUAUAGCUGCGCCACUCCAAGCUCUUCAAGAGUUCCAGCACUGGACCGAAAAGUUCGCGAAUUGGACAAAUCAAAUGGACUACACGAAUCCCAUGCGGCUUCGUAUAGCGAAUGACAUCAUGAUCAAAGUGGAGAAAGCAUUCAUCUGCCCAGGUGGACUUCCAUCGAGGGACAUCACUGUCAGAAACCUGGUCUACUCUCCAGACGGCGUCAUGUUUCCAGGACUGGUUGACGCAUUGAUGCAAGAACCCAUCGACGUCGACGAGUUUGGACGCCAGGCCGCUCUAUUGGCCGAAGUGUUGUCUCAGGCUGCCAAUAUCCUCCGUCUUUCUCCCAUUUAACGGCGACAAUAAAGAUUCUACAC